UUUUUCCGCGAGGACCGCAAAUGCGCUGUUCAUCGACAGUAAACGAGAGAAAUGUAUUUUCGUUCGUUUAUUUAAUAUCGCUGUACAAACGGCACAGACGCAUCUGUUCCGUCAAUCAACGUUGAAGAGGCAUUGCUUUUAAUUUCAGGUACCACCAUGGGAACCGUGUUGACGACCAUCACGGCGAACGACGUUGACAGUUCGCCGGCGUUAACGUAUCGAUUCGGCAACGUGACGAGCCCGGGACCCUUUAGCAUCGACCGCUACGGCGGCAAGGUUGUCCUGCGGAAGCACCUGGACGCCGAGACGCGUUCCGAGUACACUCUUCAGGUGAUCGCCAGCGACGGGAUUCACGAGGCGACGACCGAUCUCAUCGUUCGUGUGACCGAUCUCAACGACAACGCGCCGCGAUUCGAGCAGCCUGUCUACGUGGCCAUCCUUUCGGAAGGGCAAGGCAAGCAGGAAAUUCUGACGGUAAACGCCACGGACGACGACCUUUCGGAGGAGAACAGUCGAGUGCGAUAUCAUCUGCUGCAUCCCGUGAAGGGAUUUUCAGUGGAUCCCGUGACCGGCGUUCUGACUGUUAAUCGUACGGUGAUACCCAGACCGAUACCGAAGGAGAUGGAUCUGGCGAUCGUCGCGGAGGACCACGGCAAACCCGCGGCGUCGUCGAUGUGCUUGGUUGUCGUGCGGCUUAGCAAUCUGAAGAGCACCCUACCUGGGCGAGAGUACAAGAUCAUGGUGAAGGAAAAUUUGCCGAGGGGUACGACGCUGAUGAAGCUCUCCGACGUGGAGCUGCUGGGCGGCGGCAUCGUUGCGGGCGAUGAUAGGACAUUCGAGAUAGCCAGAGAUCGGCUGGUCCUCUCGAAAACGCUCGAUCGCGAGACGCGAGACCGGUAUGUACUGCAGUUGGGCAGCGAGAUCGAAAACACGACGAUAGGCUCGCUGGUGGGAGACGAGCCGGUAAUAGUAAAGAUCAUCGUGGAGGAUGUCAACGAUAAUUAUCCGCACUUUCUCGAAGAGCUCUAUCAAGUAUCCAUCAAGGAAGACGCCCCGCACGGAACGACCGUUGCUAUCCUGCACGCCAAGGACGACGACCUGGCUAGUAGCGCGGCGGCCACGUUGGUGUACGACAUCACUUCAGGAAACGACGGCGGUCUCUUCCGCGUCGAAAGGACAACCGGCGCGGUCUUAGUGAACUCCACGCUCGACUGCGACCUCGAGCGCGAGGUCUACAAUCUCGUGGUGAUGGUCUGCGACAGCGAUCCAGUCUCGCCUCUUUGCGCGCUCGCCAAACUUCGCGUUCGUCUGGAAGACGUCAACGACAACUCGCCCAAGUUCCCGGUUUCCGAGUAUCUCGAGUUCGUCGGUGAGAACGAGCCGAUCGGCACGACCGUCUUCUCUGCGCGCGCCUCGGAUCUGGAUCGCGGCAUCUUCGGGUCGUUGAAUUACUCCAUUGUUUCCGCCGCUGCCAGCGGAUUCUCCGACAUUGACGACAGCUGGAAGCUGUUUGCGGUUGACGCGACGGGCACCGUUAUCACUCGCGCCGUAUUUGACUACGAGCAACGGAAUCGGUACGCUUUUACAUUGCGCGCCACGGAUGCGGGCGAACGUGCCGCGGCGGUGCGUGUCAGAGUGGAGAUUGACUCGAGAGACGAAUUCUUUCCGCAGUUCACCGAAAGGAUGUACCGAUUCAGAAUAAGGAGCAGUGCUCAGAUGUUGCCGGGCGCAGUAAUUGGUCACGUGACGGCGACCGAUCGCGACAAGGGGCCGGAUGGCCGGGUCGUGUAUCAGUUAACGUCCCAGCAUCCUUAUUUUAAACUGAAUCGCACGACCGGUGCGUUGAUCGUGAAGCAGAAACUAAUGCACAUUGAUAUGGACGAGUCGUCCAGAUUAGUAAUCAGCGCGAGUUCAGGCAGGCAGGGUUCUCUGUCUAACAUGACGGUAGUAGAAAUCACGCUGAUGGACGACAACGAGCUGAACGGAGCUAGAGGAGCUACCGCUCUGGCGACGCCGGCGGACAUCGGUUCGAACAUGGCCGUGGCCACCUCGGGCGGCCUGGCCGAUUGGGUCCUGGGUCUGUUGAUCGCUCUCCUCCUUCUUAUUCUCGCGUUUGGUGCCAUCUUCCUCUACCUUCACAUUCGUAAUCGUCGUCACAAAAAACCCGGCACGAAACCGGGUCUGAACGGCGAGAGCAACGCUACCGCGUCAAACAGCUACGUGGACCCGAGCGCGUUCGAUACGAUCCCGAUCAGAAGCAUGACCGGAGUCGGAGCGAGCGGAAACGGCAGUUCCGCGAGUGCCGGGGGAGCGGGCGGCGGCGCAUCCUGCCAGUUUGCCCCGCCAAAGUACGACGAGAUACCUCCUUACGGAACGUCCAGUCAAUCCGGGCAACAGCAAGCUACAUCUGAGCUUUCCGGGAGCGAUCAGUCGGGCUCUUCUGGCAGGGGCUCCGCCGAGGACGACGGAGACGACGAGGAGAUCAGAAUGAUUAACGAGGGCCAGCAGACUGGCGAUUCCGCGAGCGAUCUCUCGGUUCACAAUACUCAGGAAUAUUUAGCUAGAUUGGGCAUCGUGGAUCCUCCAGCCGGCACGCCACGGAGACCUCCCGAAGCUCUGCCCCUGGACAGUUUGCAUCUGUUUGAGGAUGAGGCGAGCACAGAGGCGGACAUAGCGACGCUGAUCUACGGUAAGAUCGGGGAAACCGGACGAGCCACUUCUGGCUUAGAAGUACCAGGUGGACCAUCGAUGAACGGUUCCCUGAGCUCCAUCGUGUACAGCGAGGAGGAGCUCACUGGCUCGUACAAUUGGGACUACCUGUUAGACUGGGGACCCCAGUAUCAACCGCUGGCUCAUGUAUUUAGCGAAAUUGCUAGGCUAAAGGACGACGCGGCCAGCGUUCAGAGUGGAAAUUCUGGUAGUAGCGGCAAGACCAAGUCUGUACAUAAAGCACCACCGCCGCCCUUGCUCACGUCCGUCGCCCCAAGGUCGUUGGCAGCGCCGGCGCUAGCGAGAGGGAUUCUACCGAGGUCGCCGAUCAGUCAUGACGCCUCCACCUUUCCCUCCGCUGCGCUGAGUCCAAGUUUCUCACCCUCAUUAUCACCCUUAGCCACAAGAAGUCCCAGCAUCAGCCCGCUCGUGCCACCAGCCACCCAGAGAUCCAGUCAAAGUGCCAACCGAGGGAUUCCUGUAGCCGAUGGCGAACUGAGGAUUUGAGGAUAUCCCGAGUAAUCCGGCGUAUUUUGUGUACAAGUUUUAAUGUUAAUCCAGUGAUGACUCGCCGGGAAAGCGAUAAGACAAUGCAAUGCCUCGUAUAAUGCGAAUAAUAUUUCUGUUAAUAUGCGUUGUUGGAUGCGAUUUUAUCAAUGAAAUAUAUGUAUAUUGCUCUCUCGAACUGUGUGAACAACGUGAUCCGCGGGUAUGGUAUUAACAAGUGAUUUUAAUUUAGUAAUUUCAAUUUGUUCGGCCAUCGAAAAUCAUGGCCGAAUUGUUCUCCCUGUCACGCGCAAGCGCUACCUUCCCGCGAUUGAUUGUUAAUUAUUAACUAAUUAAUUAAAUGUUAACGAAAUGUGAACUUUAUAAAUAAUUUUGGUUUAUCGUGAGGAACGGUACGAGUGAACUGUGAGCGAGCGAGAGAGAGAGAGAGAGAGAAGCGGGAAAGCGGCGAUUGCGCCUUGACAAUUCCGUAUUUGCUAUACGGACGCAUGCUUCGUUCCGAUCGAUAGCUGACUGAAAGCAAGUACUUUCUCAUCGGAAUAUUGUAAAUAUCCGCCAGCGGCCGCGCCGGCGUUUAGUCAUUAAGUAGCAUUGUAAAUAAUAAUCUAUGAAAAUAAACAACGACGUUGUCAUAAUCAAAAAGAUAGACUGUCUCUAUAUAAGCCGGAUGAUCGCGCCGUGUUCAUCGAGUUCAACUCCGCGUGAAUGUGUACAGUAAUCUAAUUUUAUAAUUACCGAAUUGUCGAUACUACGACGAACAUGGCGACAUCACCCGAAUUGAAAACGAAAACGCGCUGCCACGAGCGAACUGAUCAAGACACUGGAUUUCGUGACAGCGCAUCUCUAAAAGCGCCCCUAUAUAAAGUUCGUUGAUUUAAUUGUUAUUUCGUCCCUGUCCCCUGAGCGCGAUCUCGAUGUAACGGGGGAUGGAAUCUCAGCCCGAUACAUAUGCAUACGCACUAAAUAUAUAUAUAUUUUGUAUAUAUAUAUACAAAUAUAUAUCAUAUUUUGUAUAAAUUGUUCUCUGUACAAAGACUCUUCCAAGGGCCUCACUGCGACAUAGGCCUUAAAUAAAUGAAUUUUUUAGGAUAUUGUUAUUUUUCUGCCACAUUGUAACAUCGAAUAAGUAAUUUAAUUGCAUGUU